AAAAAAUAAAAAUAAUCGGUUUCUUACCUUCUACAACCCCAACAACAUAUUAUAUGUAUUAUCAUAUAGAAAGGUACGGCAAAAUAUAAAAAAAGACCGGAGACUUGAUGACCGGAGAUCAUAUAUAUGAGCUAGCUGAAUUUGUGUACUUGUAACGAAGCUCUGAAACUCUCUGUAAGACCUGUCUUGAAGCCAUGGCGGAGUUGAUCCUCUCUCCGAUUGCUGACAAAAUCAUUGGGCGUUUGGGAUGUGAAGCUGUGAAGCAGAUCUCUCGAGUUUGGGGUGUGAAGGAUGCGCUUGAACAGCUCAAAGAAACCAUUUCAACAAUCCAAGCAGUGCUUCUCGACGCUGAGCUGAAGCAGUCCCACAACAACCAAGUCAACAACUGGCUCCACAGGCUGGGCAAUGCAGUUCUUGAAGCCGACGACUUGAUGGACGAGAUCAACACUGAAGCUUUGCGAUGCCAACUCAUGUCUCCCAACCAAAUGGCCAACCGAGGGAAUUUUUACUGUAUGUAUUCAAGUUUGUUCAAGGAAAUUGUUCUUCUUUCCAAAUGGAGAUGGAACUACAUUAUCUUCACUGCUAGAUGAGGUUGUGAAAACUGUUGGAGUUACUGCAUCGCCAUCAGAGGAUUCUAUACCAGAAAGGAGGACAUUGGAGUACCUUGAGAUGCAAGAAGAACUUCUUAAGGUGAUACUUGCUAUUCUUGUGCGCUAUCUAAUAAAAUAUGGAGGUUGUCAAAACAAUGUGUUUCUCUUCUAAAUGAGAUAGUUUUGUGCAUUGCUUUUUGAUUUGUUACAUGUAUGAACUAACAGAACAAAGUAAAUUAGGAAAUAAAUAUGAAGUAAUGAUCAGUCAGCUCCAUUGCUCUCUUUUAGCUAAGUUAGCAAAUGUUGAUGGUGCCUUAAGUUAAGUCUUUUUUUUUUUUUUUUUUUGCUUUUUUAUGUCACCUUCUAAUUGCAAAGGUUCUUCAAUGGGCUGAGCUGAUUCUCUUCCUUGGGGGUUUUCUCAUGCCGUUGGGAUGUUGGCAUUCUACUCUUGUUGUUUAGCUUCUUGAAACUAGACUCCUUGGUGUUUGAGUCCAAUAAUAGUUCAUGUUUGAAUCUGUAACGACCAAUAUUUUGAGUAUGACAAACUAGGUCCAAUUGCGUCUGGAAUGGACUUUUGUUAUGUCUGGAGUUUAUUCGUUUUUAGUUAGUGUCCACGUCAGCAGGUGUGUAAAGCAAAGCUGUUAAUGAGUAACAACUAUUAGUUGGUUCGGGAUUAUACCUAAUUGCAGCCAAGGAUAUAUAUUGAUCUGGUUAAUUAGUGUUAACCAACUCUCUUUGUUCGAUAGAUUCGAUUGAGUGUUUUUGCUCUGUUUUCUUUCUUUUUCUUCCAUUGAUUUUUGCAAGUGUUGGCAAGAAAUUCCAUUGAAGAUGGUUGAAGGUUUCUGUGCAAGCACUGGAAUCAAGCCGUGAUUGCUGACGGAGUUCAGCUGGGUCUUGAUGCUAUAGAUCCGAAGGGUUUCAGAUUUAUGAUAUUGUUGAAGGGAGUUCAACAUUGAAGCAAGGGGAUCUUGCAUUUAUAACCAAGGGAUUUGGUUGUUUAGGGUAAAAAUCUUCACUGUAUUUUGAGAUAGUUUGUACAGUUUUUACAUAUUGAUUCUUGAACUGGUUUAUGUAAAUUACUUCUGAAUAUAGUGAGAGUUAUUACCCUGGUUCAGGGAACCCAAGCACUAGUCGGCUGGAAUGAGUUUUCAGUGCAGACGAAGCUUGUAAUUUUGUGUGUCAACUCUUAUGAUUGUGUUGUUAAUGUUCAUGUAUGUUUCAAGAUACAACCUAGAUGAAUAUUGUAAAACUGGAAAGAUAGGCUAAAACUUAGGUUUUUCAAUUGGUAUCAGAGCCAGGUUGUUCUAAUUGUUUUUCUUUCGAUCCUCCUAUCUUUUGUGUACUGAAAUUGAUUUUUGAUUUUUUCUCGUGUAAUUCGCAAUUCUUGUUUUUUCUGGGUUCUCCAGUUGACACUAACCCCUUCUGAGUUUCGACUCUGGGAAUAUAUUGUCUUUUUUUUUUUGUUCAAUUGUUUGUACAGAAUGGAGAUGUUCAGAGAAGGAGGUUCCACAUCUCGACCCCCAAUGCUUGAAGGGGCAAAUUAUCCUUACUGGAAGACAAAAAUUCGUGCAUUCUUGAGAGUUGUUGAUGAACGGGUGUGGAUGGCUG